AGACGGCUCUAUGCUUUGACGUCGAGGCCCUGCGCUCUCCCGUGUCAUUGGUGAAUGACCGAAGAUGUCGCACAGUCGGCUGUUUGCACGGCUGCUCUUACAGCAGACCGGAGUCCGGCACUGUUACACCGCGUCCAGAAAGCACCUCUACAUCGACAAGAACACCAAGGUCAUUUGCCAGGGGUUCACCGGGAAGCAGGGAACCUUCCACAGCCAGCAGGCCCUGGACUACGGCUCGCGGUUAGUGGGAGGAGUGUCGCCCGGCAAGGGGGGCAAAACCCACCUGGGCCUACCCGUCUUCAACUCUGUCAAAGAGGCUAAGGAGGGCACGGGGGCGGAAGCGUCGGUGAUCUACGUGCCCCCGCCCUUCGCGGCGGCGGCCAUCUUGGAGGCCAUCGACGCGGAGAUCCCGCUGGUGGUGUGCAUCACGGAGGGCAUCCCCCAGCAGGACAUGGUGAAGGUGAAGCACCGUCUGCUCCGGCAGGGCACCACCCGCCUCAUCGGCCCCAACUGCCCCGGCGUCAUCAACCCGGGAGAAUGCAAGAUCGGGAUCAUGCCUGGCCAUAUUCACAAGAAAGGAAGAAUUGGAAUCGUAUCCAGGUCAGGCACCCUGACUUAUGAAGCUGUGCACCAAACUACACAAGUGGGUUUGGGACAGUCUCUCUGUGUGGGAAUUGGCGGUGAUCCAUUCAACGGGACGAACUUCAUCGACUGCCUGGAGGUCUUCCUACAGGAUCCCAAAACCGAGGGCAUCAUUCUGAUUGGAGAGAUCGGAGGGAACGCCGAGGAGAAUGCCGCGGAGUACCUGAAACAGCACAACUCUGGUGCGAAGGCUAAGCCCGUGGUGUCCUUCAUCGCCGGCCUGACCGCACCCCCCGGGCGGAGGAUGGGCCACGCCGGAGCCAUCAUCGCGGGGGGUAAGGGCGGAGCCAAAGAGAAGAUCGCUGCCCUGCAGUCGGCGGGGGUGGUGGUCAGCAUGUCCCCUGCCCAGCUAGGCAGCACCAUGUUUAAGGAAUUUGAGAAGAGGAAGAUGCUGUAAAUGUGAAGCCAAGAAUCAUCGCCACCCCUCCUCAUCCUCUCCAAAGUGGAUCGCCCUGGUUUUUUGUGUAUCACCCCCGGGUGUGAGAUGGUCUGACCCAAGAGGAACCCACGCUCCCUCCGAUCCUGCUAUAAUUCAGUCUCUUAAAGUUUAAACAUGUAUGAUGUCUUCAACGCACACCAGUAAAGUAAUACAUUUAUCAUA